AUGGAAGAUCUUCUUCAAGCAUUAUCAGAUAAACCUGAUAUCUCAUCAUUCUAUCGUACACUUGAUGAUCCACUAUUAACAACAAAUUCUAUGAAUAAAGAUGUUCAUACAAUAGAAUUAGAUACUUCCGAUGAUGAACAAGAUGAUCUCGAACAUUGUACAACAUGGAUUGAUCCAAGUAAGAGCAUUGGCCGAUCUGCAACUAGUGAUAAACUUAAGACGUCAACUUAUGUUGUUUAUCCUUUAACAAAAUCUCCAUCCAUUCCUGAAGCAUCAAGAAAAACUCAUCGCUAUACAGAUGAACCUCGUCGAAAUACUUACACACUUCAAAAUUCAUCAUCAUCUGAUGAUAAUGACAAUGAUAAUGAAAAACAAUUAAUAAAUACAAAACAAGAAUAUCUUCGUCUUAAUAGUCAAGGUUUUGAUCCACAACAACAACAGCAAGAAAAUCUUUUUAAUAAUGUUAAAGAUGCACGAUCAACAUUUUCAGUUCCACAAAAACGUUUUCGAUUUACCCGUCAAGAAGCACAAAAUAUUUUGCAUAAAAAACUAGGAGCUUUUAUCAAAGGACAUCUUACAAGACAAUUAUUUCGUACAGAACAUGUUAAGAGAUUAAUUCAAACAUUAAAUGAUACAAGAAAAUUUGCCGUUGAUUUUCAAACACAAUGUUUACAAACGAAAACUAGACUUGAUCCAGAUGAUAUUAAUGUAAUCGAUCAAUUAAUUAAACAAGUUGAAUCCGUAUUAGAUGAAAUUCAUGAUAUAUUUGGACAGUAUUCAUCUGCUCGUCAAAUAUCAAUGAUUAUUCGUCAUGAACAAUCACAAAAAAUGCGAACUAUAAGAACAAAUCAACGUAUAGCAAAAGAUUUUUCUAUAGAACGACCAAUUAUUGAUCCUGUACUAACUUCAACUGUAAGAAAUGAUAAUUUACCACGACAAUCAGAAUAUCAAAGACCGGGAAAUAUUCGUCGUCAUGUCACAGCGGUAACUAAUCGUUCUGCUCAAUCGACAAUAAAUACUCAAGCUCGUCCAUUGAAAAAGGCUACAUCUUUACAAAGGAAACCUCGUCCAUUAAAUUCAAAUAAUAAUGAAUCGACAUCAAAUCGUCCUCGUUCAACUUCUACCACUAAUAAUAAUAAUAAUAAUAAUAUAUUUCGUCCUCCUCUACGCCUUGCGCCAGCCAGUCCUCUAUUCAGAAAUCGUUUAAAAUAA